UUUGGGAAGUACCUGAACGAGUACAACGGCUCGUACGUCCCGGCCGGAUGGAGGGAGUGGCUCGGUUUGGUGAAGAACAGCCGCUUCUACAACUACACACUGAGCCGCAACGGAGUGCGAGAAAAACACGGGGCGCAGUACCCACAGGACUACCUGACCGACCUGAUCACGGCCGAGUCCAUUCGAUACUUCCGCUCCUCAAAGAGAGUUUAUCCUCAUCGCCCGGUGAUGAUGGUGCUGAGCCACGCAGCGCCGCACGGACCUGAAGACUCGGCGCCGCAGUACAGCACCGCCUUCCCCAACGCAUCACAGCACAUUACUCCCAGUUAUAACUACGCUCCAAACCAGGACAAACACUGGAUCAUGCGUUACACUGGUCCCAUGAAGCCCAUCCACAUGGAGUUCACCAACAUGCUGCAGAGGAAACGCCUGCAGACGCUGCUGUCUGUGGAUGACAGCGUGGAGAAGCUAUACAACAUGCUGGUGGAGACUGGAGAGCUGGAGAACACCUACAUCAUCUACACGUCUGAUCAUGGUUACCACAUCGGACAGUUUGGCCUCGUCAAAGGUAAAUCCAUGCCGUAUGAGUUUGACAUCCGAGUCCCGUUCUUCAUCAGAGGACCCAACGUGGAGCAAGGCAGCAUUAACCAUCACAUGGUCCUGAACAUCGAUCUGGCUCCGACCAUCCUGGACAUCGCCGGCCUCGACACUCCGCCAGACAUGGACGGGAAAUCGAUCCUGUCUCUGCUGGACACCGACAAACCUGCCAACAGGUUCCAGCUGAACAGGAAGCCGAAGGUGUGGAGAGACUCCUUCCUGGUGGAGAGAGGGAAGCUCCUGCACCAGCGUGUGGAGGGAAAGGAAAUGUCGCAGGAGGAGAACUUCCUGCCCAAACACCAACGAGUAAAAGACCUGUGUCAGAGAGCCGAGUACCAGACGCCCUGUCAGCAGACCGGACAGAAGUGGCAGUGUGUGGAGGACGCCACGGGUAAACUCCGCCUCUUCAAAUGUAAAAACGAAGGGGGAGGGGCUAAGAACUUCCAGAGGGGCAUGGCCAGUCGUCAGCGUCCACUCAGCAUCAAGUCUCAGCUGUACCACCGCAACCCUGAUGCCUGUGACUGCAACCUGCGUGACCUCCGACCUCUGAGCCCGCGGCCCUCCACGAUGAGACCGUUCAACAAGAAACCUUUCUUCUCCAAGAAGAAGUUUAAAGCCCUGAAGAGUUACUCCAGGAACCGUUACAGCCGCUCCGUGUCCAUGACCAACAGUUAUCCCGGUAACCACAGCUUGGGGGGCGGGGCCAACUGGGUUCAGUCAAUAACAGACGAGCCUGAGGACGAGUUCAGCGGGAUGGGAGGAGUUCCCAACGUCGUGGCCCCGCCCAACUCCCACAAGGUCACACACAGAUGUUCCAUCCUGUCCAACGCCACAGUCAGGUGUGAUACAGGAGUCUAUCAGUCUCUGCAGGCCUGGAAGGAUCACAAGCUGCACAUCGACCACGAGAUUGAGACGCUGCAGACCAAGAUAAAGAACCUGAGAGAGGUCAGAGGUCACCUGAAGAAGGCCCGCCCCCUCCAGUGUGACUGUAAUAAAUACCUGUAUAAAUCCAAACUGAAGAACAAGCUGAGGUUCAGAGGAGGAGGACACCCGUUCAGGAAGGGCGGAGCUCGGGACAAGAAGGCGUGGCUUCUAAAGGAGCAGAAGAGGAGGAAGAAAAUGAGGAAGAUGAUCAAGAGGAUCAGAAACAACGACACAUGUUCGAUGCCCGGACUCACCUGCUUCACACACGACAACCAGCACUGGCACACUGCGCCAUACUGGACAUUGGGUCCGUUCUGCGCCUGCACCAGCGCCAACAACAACACUUACUGGUGUCUGAGGACGAUCAACGAGACCCACAACUUCCUGUUCUGUGAGUUCGCCACCGGCUUCCUGGAGUACUUUGACCUCAACACAGACCCAUACCAGCUGAUAAACGCCGUCAGCUCUUUAGACCGCACCGUCCUCAACCAGCUCCACGUUCAGCUGAUGGAGCUCCGAGGCUGCAGGGGACACAAGCAGUGUAACCCCCGCACACGCUCACUGGAGCAGGGGGGGCGGGAACACGGCAGCUUCGAUGACUACAGGGUGUUUGAGAGGAGGAAGUGGCCGCGAAUCAAGAAACCUUCAUCGUCUCGAACCCUAGGUCCGAUCUGGGACGGCUGGAAGGGCUGAGCCUCCUGAUUGGUCGGAGCAGGCUCCUGACUCCACCCACAGCAGCCUGAAGGAGCAGGGCGUGGUCGUCGAAGCGGCGGCGGCACCAGUCGACAACCACGCCCCCCUCUGUCUCAACCGGUCAGCCAAUCAGCUUCUGCCAUCUCUGUGACAUCACUUGGCCCCUCCCACCCCGCUGCUCAGGGAGACACUGGGACGAAACACUGUUCAUCAGCUGCUCCUCCUCCUCAGCUCCUAUCUUCUCCCUGGAGGAGGAGGAGCAGCUUCAGGCGGAGGAGCCAGAGGAAGGAGGAAGGAGGCAAGGAUGAGGACGGAGAGGAGGACGGUGGUGAUGAAGAGGAGGAUGAGGAGGAGGAGGAGGAGAGCGGGGUGAAUGAAGUCCACAGACGACUGUUAAACAUCAGCAGGGUCAUUUAAGAGUCAGAUAUUUCUCUGAUACUCCUGGUUCAGUCUGUAAUCUGAUUACUUUGAGUCUGAUUUCCUUUAAACAGGUGAAACAAUCUGUCCGUUCAGUUCAGUGUUUCUGACGAAGAUCAUGUUUCAGCUUCAGCUGAGUGUCCAUGAUGUCGUAUUUAAGAUGACAAGUUUGAGCUCUUUAUUCAUGACAGUAAUUUAGCUGGUUUACACAUCUUGAAAUGCAUCUUGGGUGAUCGGAUCAAAACUGGACACGAGUGUUAAGGCCUCUGCACACUGAGUCCUUUUUUAUCAUCCAAAAUUGUCGCACAUCUAAAAAUAAAUAUGACUUCACAUUGUAUUCAUCAUGUUUGCACACUGAGUCCCAAUCUUUAGUCUUUCAUUACAUUUUUGGAACAGGUUCAAUUUCCUGUGUUUUUCUCCUCCGUCAGAGUCGUUAGAGACGUCUGACUGAAUCAGUGAAGAGGAGGAGGAUGUGGACCUUCAUGCAGCUGUGGUGCCAAAUGAAAAACAGGGAGGAAGUGAUGUCAGUCAGAGAGGUGACUCCAGAGGAGAGAGGCAGAGGAGGAAAUGUGUCUUCAUUUUCUCUCGUGUGGCGAUUUUUCAUAACAAGUAGAACAAAUAGUCCUGUUUGUGCAUGUGUGUGUCUUUCGGACCUGUCCUGUGUGUUAAUGACAACAAGAGGGAAAAAACUGAAUUUCCCCUCAGGGGGAUUAAUAAAGUAUAUAAAAAAAAUAAAUAAAUAAAAAUAAAACUCAUCAGAAUCAGUGUGAAAGGUUUCUGUGCAUGAUGAUUAUUUUCAGAUGACGGAUUAAAAAACGCAUCCGAAAAAACGGACUCAGUGUGCAGAGGCCUUUAACGACCACCAAGGCACAUCAGCCUCAUCUCCACCAAACCCUUUCAGUGUAGAACCAGCAGUAAGCCUUCAGACAUGGUACCUAGACCCUCGGUGUGUUCAGACAGUCCUCUUAAAUGUGGGCGGGGUUGUUGUCACUCACUGCUCCGUCCAGCACUCGCUGUAUUUCCUCAUCAGCGGUGACACAGAUGGAAGUCUGCACCUGGUUUAUCGUCCACAGAACGAGGCUGCACGCCCACAUUUUCAGAACAAAAUAGAACAGGCUGCAGUGAGAGUCUCUCUCCAUGGGAUAUUUAAAAAUAGCAGCUUUGUGCAUUUAGUCCUUCUCAGGCAAGCUCAGGGGUUUAGUGUUGCUGUAGCCCACAGGAAGUGAGGAUUAGAAUAUAUGACCUUCACAUAAUCCGCUCCAAAUUAAUCUAUAUUUUUAAAGUCAUUACUAAAAGUGUGUGUCAUAUAAAAACUAAAGUGAUGGUCAAAGUUGUCACAGUGAAAUUUAAGGUGUGCUGAUGGAUUCACGUCAUCAACUCAUGCAUUGAGUAACAUUACAAGUUAACGUUCCACCUUGGUGAAUGUGAAUGAAUUAUUUUUUCUCAGCAGCAAAACUUCCUUUCAUUUUAUAGUUUACUGAUGUUUGUAAGAGCUGUGAGUGAGGACGUGUUGGACAGACGCAGGUGUGAGCGCCGUUCUGUCUCUGCUGUUGGUUUGUGUUUAAAUCACCAGAACCCAUUUUAAACUGAUUGAACAGAGUUCAUAGCGAAAAUCAGAUCAUCAGUAAACUGUUUUUGGCUCCACCCACUGAGGUUUAACUUUUCUGUCUCCAGAACUCCGCCCCUUACAAACAGCGACAGAAAGCAACACUUCCUGUUUAGUUUCUUUCCCGCCACCUUCAUCAUUAAUUUAAUGUUUUUUCACAAUUCAGUCUAAAAAUCUGAAAAUCUAAGGUUAGUUUUAUCGUCCAAUUAAAAUGAGUAAAACUCAUAUAGAACAAAACCUCAAAUCUUGCUCCUCCUCCUCCUCGUCCUCCUUGUCCUCCACCUGCUCCUCUUCCUCCUCUUCAGGUGACCUCCCAGCGGCCAUAUUUGUUUUACAUGUUGAUAUUUAGUCUUUCUAACAGUCUGUAAAGACGUUAAAGGACCAGUCCGCCAUGUUCUUAUUGUUACUAAACUCAGACUGAGAUGUCAAACACUGUGACAUCACUGCUGAUGUAACUGUGAUGUCAUGUCUUUUGUUUUUUAUGUUUUAUUUCUUCCACUAACUUGAGUGUUGGUUACCGUGGUGACCGAUGGCUUUACUGACGACAGAGCUACAGUUGUACUAACCUGGUGACUGACUACAGUUCCCACGAUGCAACACGGCAGCCCUGAAGAGACCACGGCGAGAACAUUUUGGAUGAAAAACAAAAAAAGAACAAACAAGGAUUUAAAAAAAAAAAAAGACUGUGGGAACUUGAACUCUCUUCAUGUCUUGUGAGCCAAUCAAAAGAGGACGACAUGAUGAUGUCACUGUCACUGAUGUUCCAUGGAGGACGAUGGUUUCCAGUUAAAGCUGAAAAAACCUUUUUUAUUUCUUACUGGUGAAAACCAUCACACGCCACCGUCCAGUCUCCUUCCUCCUGCACAUGCUGUCACUUCCUGUUCACCUGUUUUCACCUGAUCUUUCUUUGUUCUUUUCCACUGUCAGAUUUUUCACUGAAUCCACCGACCGGUCUGAAGGGUUAAAGUUAGGACGUGUAACUUCAGAGAUGUAAAAUAGAAGCGUAGAAAAACACGACUGGAUUCACACAAGAAGCAGACGUCAGACUUUGCACACGUCUGGUGGUCAUGUGACUUCCUGCCUUCGUCAUGUGACACAGCACAGAUCAGAUCUGAUCCUCUGUUUUUAAACUUGAAUUAAACACAUCAGAUGUGUGUCAGUGUUUUGAUCACCUCUCACACACUCACACUGUCACUAAGGUCCCACUGCUGAAGGGUCUCUGGUGCAGCUCUGUCCCAACGACUGCUGCCUCACUGUGUCAUUUCCUACAGCUCCCACAAUGCCUUUCAGCAACACUCAGAGAACAGAUAAUCACUGUGUCACAAACCGGUGGUGUUUUCUGUCUGCAGGUUGAUAUCAUGCGCAUCAUCCUCACUGUGACCUCGUCACAUGACCUCGUUUGGUCAUUAACAUAUGACGUCCAAGGUACCCUGGGUGUGUUGGUUGUUGACAUUCUGGGACGCCGUGUCAACUUCAGCCUGUUACAUGCAUUGUCUGUUUUCAAAAUACACUUCUGUUUUCACAGGAAAUGUACAGUUUGAUACAGUCUCUUUCAAAAUAAAAGCACUACGUCACUACACGACGCACACAUGUGGUUACGUUUAGCCAACACACACACAUGGUUACGUUCAGUGAGGACACCGUGUUACUGCAUUGCCACUUUUCUUUAGGAGCAUUUUGGCGAGCUGCUGUCCGUCCAUUUGUUUGGGUUUAGCGCUAAUCAGUGCAUCAUAUAAUACUGCAUUUCUAUUGGUUGAUUAGUGGAGGUAGGUGGUAACAGCAGCGUUUGAUCAGCCUUCACUCUUUGAUUCUGACACCAACAAUAGUGACGUGACGCAACGUCCAGUUAUCAAUGUGAGGAAGAAGACACAGCCUGCACCAUGACAUCAUCACAGUGGUUUGAUUCUGACAGUGUCAGAGUGUCUGAGGUGAUCACUUCCUUCCUGUGUGAGCUCAGCCGAACGCUCUGUUGUCCAUAGGUUGUUUAUUUUUAACCCCUCAUGUGUUGGCUCUGCGGUGCUAUUCGCUAACAAGAAGCUCCUGGUCGUCUCUGAAUGUAUCUGUAAAUGUUUUGGUGUGUUUUCUAAAGACUCGCACGAGAAUCGCACCGUCCUGGACCAGCUGAGACUUCAGGUCAGAAAGUCCUGGUCCUGAUCCGGACAGACUCACACACGCACGCACGCACGCACGCACACACACACACACACACUGAAGGACAAACUGCUGAGCACUUUGACUGGAGGAUGGAGGGAUGAAUGGACCAAUAGAGGAUUGGACAGGAAGUGAGGUCACAUGAUGUGAACCUGCCGUGUGCAGCCAGUUAAUACUGAUCUAACACACCUGUACAGUCGCCCGCUGACCUGAGGAUAGUCUCUGGUUUUAGUUUGUGAAUAAAGUGUCAAAUGAAACAUA